AUGCGCGGUCUCCACACGGCCGGUGUCUUACUGGCCCCGGCUCUGGCAGGAGCUAUUUCUCUUGAGGGCGAGGACUCGAUUCCUAGAGCCUUCAUCAACGUGCGCCUGCCCGAACCCGUCGACUCGAACGCUAGCUCGGACCUGGUUUUCCGAUUCGACGUCAAUGAAUCCCAAGACGCUUGUGGAUAUGGAAAUGUCACCAUCAACGGCCGGAAACUAUCAGAGGACGGCCAUGGCUCUCUGAACAUGUACGGCAACCGCGUGGUUGACGCCUCUUGGAACUUGACCUGCGUGACCUGGAACGACAAGCCCAAUGAGCAACUGCUAAACAUGAAGGUCGAAAAUGUCAAUGGUCAAGCCGUCGAAGAUGUUGGAUUCACUCUUAGAUUUCAGCAAGUCGCACCUGUCUGGAUCUCGGAUGUCGAAGGGGGUGCUUCCAUGACCCGUGUCCACUCAAGCGGUCAGGGUCAAUCAAAACCUCAUGACGCCAACGAGGGGAUGGAUCUUGAUUCCGAGCUGGCCGAGCUGGACUAUCUGAGGUGGCAAAUGGCUGAGCUAGCCCAAUUAAUCCACGCAAAGGAGCAUCGCCUCGCCAAGACCUUUGGAUGGAAGAGGCCUCACUGGCAAGGGCCCCGUAUUCACGAAUGCGACAGCCUCAAACCACAUCGCGGUCCUGGUUUCAUCCACAUCGCCUCAGGAAUCGCCUCGCUGGUCCUAGUUGUCAUAUUUGGCAGCGUGCUGUACCAGCGCCACGUCCGCAAGUCCAUCAGGCCGCCCCGACUCCACCGUAGCUCCAACGUCCCGUGGUACAAGAGGCUCUGCUUCGGACCCAACUACUCGGAGCUUUCCGAGGACGAGGAGAAGGAAGCCAUGCUCCGAAACUGUGGUGACUCCGACUCUGAUGACGAGGACGACAGCGGCGUCGUCGCAAGGGACAUAUCCCAGUUCAGGACAGCGGCCGACGUGGUUGGGGAGAUGGUCGCGGCCGAGGACGCACGUAUGGCGGCACACUCCCGCCAGCCAUCCUUCUCGCCGGCGCCAGCGGCUGGACCGGUGGAAGUGAUGCAGCCACACCGAUACCACAUGCAGCAGCAGCCUAUGCAUCCUUACAUACCCUCUCACCUCAUACCCGGCAACAGCAUCCCAAUGACCAUGCCCACGGGGCAACUAAGCCCGGACCCGGCCACCAUGGCCGCGAUGGCAGCUAUGUUCCCAGACCUGGCGGCCGACUACGAUAUGGAGCUGGGCGACCAUACGCACCACCACGGCGGCGUCGUCGGCGCCGGGAUGGGUUUCGGGGGCGAGGAGCUGCCCGCGUAUCAGGAGGCGGACAGGCGGAGCGAGGACGACGAGUCUGAGAUCGCGUCUAGCGUGGUGACGGACGGGUACAGGCCGGGUUGCUCUGGGUCGUCGUAUACUCCUAGCGAGUCCGGGUCGCAGGGGGCUAGUGAUAUACUUGGCAACACGAAGAACUAA